AUGAAAAAAGCACAAAGAAGGAAAAAAGUUAAAAAACGGCUGCACUUUCUCCCACUGAAGGUGCACCUCAUUAACAUCCGAGGUUUGCAUUCCAAUAUUGACCCGGUCUACCACCACCUCGAGACCGUGAAGCCGCAUCUGUUUUUCUUAACGGAGACGCAAAUCAAAUGUCCAGCAGAUGCGACGUACCUCAACUACCCAUGCUACUCAUUAGAACAUAAGUUCAAGGAACACGCUGGGGUCUGUGUGUACGUCCGCAAUGAUAUUUGCUAUAAGCGACUCCGGUGCUUUGAAGCGACCGGGUUCUCUACAUUGUGGGUUUUAGUGGACACCGGCGUGGACAAGACUGUCUACGCCUGUGUUUAUCGGUCGCACAGUGGAGAUCAGGAGACAACCAGGCUCUUCGACCACCUUACAGAGAUGGCAGACAAAGCGCAGCAACGGUAUCCGACGGCGGAACUCGUUUUUCUCGGGGACUUUAACGCCCACCACGAGCAGUGGUUGUUCCCGUACGAGAAAACAUGCCACGCUGGGAGGGAGGCGCGCAAAUUCGCGUUAGCACUCGAUCUUACCCAGAUGGUACAGGUUGCAACACGGGUACCAGAUAUUGCUAGCCAUACAGCCAAUUGCCUGGACCUUCUGCUGACUACAGAUCCAGACAGACACUCGGUCUCAGUAUCUGCCCCUCUAGGAUCAUCCGACCAUUGUCUGGUGAAAUCCAUAUCGACCGCCUCUCCUCCGGACAACUGUCCAAGGGGCACAAGAAGAGUGUGGCGAUAUGAGUUAGCGGACUGGGAAGAGAUGCGGCAUUUCUAUGCAUCUUUCCCUUGGCGGCAUGCCUGUUUUUCCUCGGGUGACCCCUCGUGUUCGGCUGAGGCAGUUGCGGGCGUGAUUCGACAGGGAAUGGAAUACUUUAUACCAUUCUCCGACAUAUCGCUCGACCACAAAUCCCGACCUUGGUACAAUGCUGAGUGCGCCCAUGCUGAAGCCCUGAAAGAGUCUGCUUACAAAGCUUGGGUACAAGUCCGCGAUGCCAAAGCUGGAGCGCGGAGGGUUCGCACGAGGAAGAAAGCUUUUAAUUCAGCCGCCAAGUCCUGCAAACGGAUAUUACAAAAGGCCCGAUUCGACCAUAUCCGUCGUAUAGGCGCUAAACUUGCCUCCUACCCCCCUGGUAGUAAACAAUUCUGGUCUCUGUCGAAGGCAGUAGAGUCCAAUUUCUGCCGCCCUACAUUGCCUCCUCUGCAGAAGCCUGAUGGUUCGCUAGCUCACUCGGCAGUGGAAAAGGCAAACUUGUUUGCAUCUCUCUUUGCGAGCAAUUCGCGUCUUGACGCUAGCUCUACACAACCACCAUCCUUGCCUCGAUGUGACUCUUCUAUGCAAGAGAUCACGAUUUACAAUAAAGAGGUCCGUAGAGUUUUGCUGAACCUUGACGUGAAUAAGACUAGUUGGACCUGA